UAUUCUAGAAGCACAAAAUAAGCGACGACAAAAAGCAAUCUGGAAGCCCACCUCACCCCUUUUUUCAUCUCUCCUCAUUCAAAUCAAUUCCCGUAGUAAAGAAAAUGACACCCACCUCCACCUCCACCUCCCCUUGUAUGUAUAAUAUCCUCAAGUGGCUCCUCGCAAUCACUUCAAAUUUGUCUUUCAACUUCUACUCUCCUUCUUCAUCACGCCAAUAUGGUUGCAAAUGAUCAGGAUAAUCAUCAUCACAAGGAAUCCAUGAGAGAGAAUCUGGAGCAGUACUUUGAAGAUUCAGACGCAGAAGAGUCUCUCUCAUUCUGUGAUCUACCCAUAUAUGAUAAAUCAGAAGCAUCAACAACAACAACUACCAAUCGGAAUGGAACUGAUGAUGAUGAUGAUGAUGAUGAUCGACGCCGUAUGUCUACCGAUCAACAGCUGUUCGAGUUCUUCUCUGAUCUGAAAGCUGAUAUGUGCCCUGCUGAUGAUGUAAUCUUCUGUGGUAAGCUCAUUUCUUAUAAGGAGAAAGAUUGUCACCGUAAGGAUGAUAAGAAUCAAAUUCUUGAUGUCUUUGAUGAUGAUGACGAUGGCAAUCCAACUUGUAGGAUUAAAAGCUUCUUCCGUCGACGACGACGAACGGAGUCGUUGAAUUCAUUGCAGAGAUCUCAGUCGAGUGACACCAAAGACCGGUUGCCGCGAACCAAUUAUCAGAAAUUACGGAGAAUUUCGAGCUCAAAGAAGACCUUGGUGGAGCCAGUUGAUCGGUAUAAGUCCGGUAAGUGUUCCAGAAAGGGUAAUUCUUCUUCUCUUCCCACAUCAUCGGCUCCAGCGAGACCUAGGUGGCCUUUGUUGAUGUUUGGAAUGGUGAAUGCUCCCAAGGAGAUGGAGUUAAAGGAUAUAAGAAAUCGGCAAAAUCGCCGGAAUCCAACAUUGUUGUUUCCGGAAUUUAUCGCCGGCGGUGGCACAGAGAAGGUUAGGGUCAGGAGGGAAGAAGAGAAGGGCUCUUGGAGAUUGCUAAGAGCGUUGAGCUGCAGGGGACAUGGUAGUACUGCGGUGGCUGCAUCUUGAUGAUGCGUUCCGCACGAUUUCUCUGACGUGUCUUUCUGUAUUUACAUUUUGAUCCCUAUAUUGUUGCUGUAAAAAUAGUUAUGCAAAUGGUAUGUAGGGGCAAAAUGAUCAGAGAGAAUUUUUUUUGAAAAAGGGUAUUCUGAGAUUUUGUGUGGGGCCGAGAGAGGGGUGGGGGAAUGAGUAGAAGAGUGUGCUUCACGCCUAUUCAUUCUUGUAUAUACUGAUUACAUAAUCAUGAUAUCAUCGUUAGAGAUGCUGCAGCC